CCGGCGAGGGGCUGCGGCCCCACCGGAGUUCCGAGGGCAGGCCCCUCCCCUCCCCCACGCCCCGCCCGGCCCUCACCCGACCUCCUCCCCAGGACGCGCGCCUCCCGCCGGGACUCCCGGUCCCCCUGCUUCCCCCGGGACACCGCCCUUCCCUUCCUCUGGAAGGGGUGCCGUGCCCUCCUCCUCGCUGCACACCACCCCCAGGGACACCACCCCUUCUGCCCCCCUCCCCCCAGACACCGCUUCCUCGUCGUCUUUUCACCCCUUCCCAUCCGCUUUCUCCUUGGGACACCGCCCCCGCCUCCCCUCCUGCCGGGACGUGCCGCCCUCCCUGAACACUGCCCUCUCCUCCCUGGGAUGCCCCCUUCUGUCCUUGGCUGUGGUGCGCUGGCAGAGCGCCCCGGAGGGGUCCGCAGCCGGGGAGACGCUGGGAGGGUGCUCGCCUCCGCAGCUCCCUGCGUCUGGACGCGUGUGUUGAGUGGGGCCCGUGUGCACCUGCGGGCCGCCUCCUGCCAAAUAAACCCACCCUGCAGCUGGCCGCCUCCCCGGGGCCUCUCCCCCCGGCCCGCAUCCUCCCCUCCCCUUUGUGCACAUGUGCCAGGUGCUUGGCGUCGCAGUGCUGGGUUGACGCGCCUCUGCUAGUCUGCCCUGGACGUUAGGCUCUUCCCCAAGGGGCUCUUUCGUUACCGAAGUCUGUAGCGACUCACCCUUUGCAGACUCUCAAGGCUGCCUCGUGCUUGUGAGUGAACACGUUGGAAAAGGAAAAGGCACCACCGUCACAUUUGGGAAAAGCUAAUUUAAAUUUUACUUGGACCGUCGUGUUCCGUCGGUAACACGUGUUGCUGAACACCCUUUGCUGCAGCCUCUCUCAUCUGUGUGACCGUAGAGCUCCAGAAUUAAUAGUUUGUUGUUGCACUUUUCCGUUGGCCGUGCCCGGAAUAUCACCUUGAGUUGUUAUAUUUCAGCCUCCAGGCCAUCUCCCAGAGGCAAGGGCUGGGGAGCCCAGCCUUGCAGCCCCCCUGGAAUGGCCCAGGAACUCGUGGAGCGCAGUACACAUUUAAUGACAUGGAGAACUGUGAAGUCCUAGGGGUCACGUCCCACCUCUACCGUACACAUUUCUAGAUAUGGAUCAGACGCUUUCCAGGUUGGUAGAAGAGCUCACGACUUCAGGAGAACCUCAGCUGAACCCCGAGAAAAUGAAGCAACUGAAGAAAAUUUGCAAGUCUUCCGAGGAGCAGCUGAGCCGCGCCUACCGCCUGCUCACGGCCCAGCUGAGCCAGGGGCAUGCCGAGAUCCGCCUCUCCGCCUUCCAGAUCGUGGACCAGCUCUUCACCCGGUCUCAUCAGUUCAGGGUGCUGGUCGUUUCCAACUUCCAGGAGUUCCUGGAGCUCACGCUGGGCACCAACCACGAGCAGCCCUUGCCGCCCCCCAGGGAGGCGGCCCAGAGGCUGAGGCAGGCGGCCACCCGGGCAGUCCAGGAGUGGAACGGAAAGUACGGCGCCGCCUACAAGAAGCUCGCCUUGGGCUACCACUUCCUGAGACACGGCAAACAGGUGGAUUUUGAGGAUGUGAACGCGCGGACUCUGGCAGAAAGAAAGCGGGAGGAGGAGAAGCAGAAGCGCUUGGACAGAAUCUACAGGGAGAGGUGUGAGCGGGCCAUCAAGGACAUGGAGGAAAUGUCUGCCGAAGCCCGGUGCUGCCUCACGGAGGUGGAGAGCUGCUUCAGGCUGCUGGUGCCAUUCGACUUUGCCACGGGCCCAGGGGCCACCUUGCCCGCCGUGGCGUUCGGUGCUUCUGGGGAGGGCACCCCGUGUCCGGCUGACGCCAUGAGGCCUGGGGACGAGGAGCCCUGCUGCAGCAAGAGCCUGCUUGCCUGCGCCCGGCCUCCCCCUUCCCGGACCGCGGGGGCCUCGGGGGAGGACCAGGAAGACGAGGAGGGGGAGGAGCUGGAGCACAGCGACAGCAGCGACGAGGACGGGUUUGUGCGGCGCCAUGGACUGGGCUCCCACAAGUACACGCUGGACGUGGAGCUCUCCUCAGACGGCCUGAGGGUGCGCGAGGAUGAGGACAACCACGUCGUCGUCCAGUCAGCCCGGGACGCACUCAAGCUCAUCCGAAACAAGUUCCUGCCGGCCGCGUGCUCCUGGGUACAGCUGUUCACCCGCGCAGGGGUCCACGGCGGGCACUUAGAGGCUGCCAUCAACCUGAAGGCGGAACUGGAAACCGCGCUGAGGAGGUCUGGGGAGCUGGACCUCCAGCCUGAGGAGGGGCGCAGGGGGGAGAUGGCAGCCCCAGCGGACGGGGACGACGACGACGACGACGACUUCAUAGAGGUCCCGGAGAAGGAGGGCUACGAAGCCUGCGUGCCCGACCACCUGCGGCCCGAGUGUGGGCUGGAGACAGGCCCUCCCGCACGGGGCUCGCAGGCCCGGAAGAGGACGCGGAGGGAUGAGGAGGCACAGGACCCCACCUGUGCUGCCGCCCAGCUGCACGCGCUGCACCGACGCUGGCCCCUGCCCCCGAGCCCCAGGGCACCUGUGGGACCAGAGGAGGCUGGGAAGCUGGCCGCAGAGCGGGCCCGGGCUCCUGUCGUGCCCUUUGGGGUAGACUUGUGCUACUGGGGCCAGGAGCAGCCGCCGGCGGGCAAGAUUCUCAAGCGUGAGUCCGAGCACCGCUUCUGGAAGCCCAGCGAGGUGGACGCAGAAGUGGAGAGCGCCGACGCCUCAGAGGCGCUGCAGAGUCGCUACAUCACCUUCGCGGGGAAGUUUGAGCCCGUGCAGCACCGGUGCCGGGCCCCGAGGCCCGACGGCCGGCUCUGCGAGCGCCAGGACCGGCUGAAGUGUCCUUUCCACGGGAAGAUCGUCCCGAGAGAUGACACAGGGCGGCCCCUCCGCCCAGAGGACAGGGCCUGGGAGCAGAGGCAGCAGCAGCAGCAGGCCGGGCGCCCAGACUGGCAAGACCCCGAGUUUAUGAGAGACGUGGAGGCCGCCACGGGUGUAGACCUUGGCUCAUCUGGGUCCAGCGGGAGAGGCAGAGGAAGGAGGCGGCGGCGCGGUGGCCUCACCGACCUGAAGCAGCAGGCCGACACUUCCCGCGCACGCAUCGCAAAGAAGGUGUUUGCUAAGGCAGCCGUGCAGAGGGUCGUCACAGCCAUGAAUCAGAUGGACCAGAAGAAGCAUGAGAAGUUUGCAAACCAGUUUAACUAUGCAUUGAAUUAGAGGGCCAGACUGGGGCUGUGGUCCCUGGGAGCCUGGAGGUGACGCGGGCCGCUGCGUCUCAGUGGGCCAUCCUGCAAAGCCUGUACCUCUCGUGAUGUGGCUCAGAGCCGACGGCCCACCUGUGACCCCCAGCCCCCGUUCUCUGGGCCUUUUCCCAGGAAACCCCACACGUGUAUGUACACGCUGUGUCCAAGACAAGCAUGGGACGCAAACUGCCCACAGCAUCGCACUUUGUGUUUCUAGCGCACACGGCGCUGUGGUGACAGUUCUGCGUUAGCUCCUGCGGCCCCCUCGCCCGCCUGUUUAGAAGACAGCUUCGUUGAGAGAGAAGCCACAUUCCAGGCGUUCACCUGACAACACGUACAACUUCAUGGCAUUCAGUGCACGGACAGUGUUGGGCGACCCACGCCACCCAGGUCCAGAACUCUCCGUCCCGCAGAAGAAACCCGUCCCUGCCCGCAGCUGCACACUGGCCUCUCUGGAUGUGUCUGUGGCACGUUUCUCGUGAAUGCCCCUCGUGUUCGUCUUUGUUCCCUCGGGCCAGAGUCUCUAGGCUUGUUCUGUACGGUAGAAUAUGCCGGAACUCCAUCCCUGUGUGUGGCCCAGUGAGGACACCCCACCCUGCUUAUCUGUCCAUCACAGACACUGGGGUCGGUCUACACCGCUCGGCCGUUCGGAGCAAUGCUUAUUGAACGUUUGUGUACAGGUUUUUGUGUGGACGCGUAUUGUCCCUUCUUUUGGGUUUGCGCCUAGAGGUGGAACUGCUGGGCACGGGCGCCUCCGUGUCUGACUUUCGGAUGAACCGUUCCAACUGUUUCAUCAAAGCUGCCGAACCAUUUUACUUGCGUUCCCACCCCCGUGUGUGAGGGUUCCGAUUUCGUGCCCACACUUGUCCACACUUGUUAUUGUCUGUCUGUAAUUGGUGUGAGGAGGUAUCGUGAUUUGUAUUUUAAUGUGUAUUUUCCUAAUGCCUAGUGAUAUCUUUUCAUGUGUUUA